AUGCUUCCACGAUGCAGUUAUUUCUCUCUUCAUCUUACAAGGAUACUGGAACAAGUGAGAGCUCGUGAGGAAAGUGUGAAAUUGGACGCGGACAAGGUAUGGCUGGAAUGCAACGGGGUACCAUUGAAGACGUACUAUCCCGUUGGGGUAUUAUUCGAUUUAUACAAACCUCCUGAUUCGCCGACAAUAACUGUAUUAAUAAAAACUACGCCUCGCCCGGAGGGAGUUUCGUUAGUGUCGAAAGACACAAUGGAAUCAAUAUUUAUGCAGUCUUUGAAGGAAGCAAACUACCUAAAACGUCGGAAGGAUCAGGUAGUAAGUACUAUGAAAAUCGACGAACACAAACAGCUCUGGUCAGGACUUGUACAUGAUCGCUUCGAUGAAUUCUGGAGUAUUAACCGGCGUCUCAUGGAGUGUACCGAAGAGCGACCAUUCCAUGACAUUCCCAUUCGGCUCUACAUCACUGGGCAGCCAUUCCGUCAAGUUCCACAACCACCGCACGAUGAGAACGGCGAGCCUCGAACCCUGUCACACGCACUAGCGUCACUUUCUUCUGAUCUCGUGGAAGACGGGAAGUAUCGGUUUAUAUCUCACGGUAUCACUCUUCCGCUAGAAACACCCCUCACUUAUUUAGGCAAAAAUUUUGCUUAUCCGGAUAAUUUUGUGCAUAUAUGUGCUGUUUCCGACAAUAGCACCUGA